GGGUUGUGUGUACGUAAUUUCCGGAACGAUAGCAAAAGUGUGAUGUGGCUGUGAGACUUUAACAGAAUGUCUGCCAUUUUCAAUUUCCAGAGUCUUCUGACUGUAAUCCUGCUUUUGAUAUGCACUUGUGCUUACAUCAGAUCUCUAUUUCCAAAUGUACUGGACAGAAACAAAACUGGAGUCCUGGGAAUAUUCUGGAAAUGUGCAAGGAUUGGUGAGCGAAAAAGCCAAUAUGUUGCUGUAUGUUGUAUAGUGAUGGCCUUCAGCAUUCUGUUUGUACAGUAGUGAAACCAAACCAGUAAAAUGCCAAAGGACUGAAACUUGAGAAGAGAAAUGAAAAGGUCUUUGCCAGCAAAACUGAGAACAAAACCAAGUGAUUCUCCACUUCCAGAGUUGAGGGUUCUGCUGCACGUAUUUAAACAUUUACAGCAAUUGGACCAAAGACAGUUUAUUUGAAAGCUCAAUAUGUGCUGUGAAUAUGUUGCAGAUAUUGUAUCAUGAACUGUACCUGAUGACCGAGUACUUUUUUCGUGAUCUCUAAAUAAGAUUAGUAUAAUGUUUCCAUUCUUAAAAGCAACAAACUUCACAGGUAUUUUUUUACUGCAGUACUGAUAUUCAGCAGUUAAAUACAGUCAGAUACACGACUAGAUAUACAAGUAUGAAGCAGUAUGAAAACAGCAGAUUUUAAGCAUAUUUAAUUUGAUGAUGAUCGAUAUGUUCAAAGAGGUUUGUGGUCUCCUCCUCACCCAUAUGUACAGAAAUGAAAAAAGUAUAAAAAUAGAUCCAGUUUAUUAAAACGUUCUGCUGCAGUGAAGUUGCAUUUGGCCCAAUCAGUUAUUGACUGCUCAUCUGCGAACUGUUGCCUUCUUAAAUUGUGAUUGAUUUUUUUUCAAAUGUCUGUCAGUUGCAUAUGUCAAGUACUUUGCUUGAAUAAUUUUAGUUUUACAGCCAAGAACUUGGUUGCAUCCUUGCUACAUUUGCACUUUCAUAUAGAUGUUUGCAUUAGACUGCUUUUGAUUUUCAGCAUGUGCAUCCAUGUAAAUACGUCAAACAUAAUUACAGUUAACUGUGUCAUCAAAGUAUGCAUUUCACACCUGAUUAUAAAAUGAUCAAGUCUCACAGCAAAGCUGUAUCUUGGUCUUCUUAUGACUGCCUAUUUUUUAAUAUGCUGCCUUUCUUUUCUCAUUAAAAUGUGAACUGAUA